GUUGCUGUCUUCCGUGGCGUCGUGCUUGUCCGUCGUUGGGUGGUCAUCGUCCGUCUGCAUCUUCUACGGGUCCACAGUCCGUGCUCUGCUCCGCUUGUCUGCCUUGUCCAUUGCAUCGCCUCGUCUCGCCUUGUCUCACCGUGCCUCGCCUCGAAUCGCCGCUGUUCAACUCCGUCUUGCUCCCUGGAUUGGCUCUGCAACAACGUGUGGCUGCUAAAAAAUUAUGGUAGCGAUUAAAAUGGGGAUUAAAAUGAGGAUGAAGCAGCAGGAAGAGUAUGAUGGCAAUGGUGCUGCUGCUGUUUAUUCCACACAGAAAAUGGUGUUUGCUUACUAUGCCACUGGUCAUGAAUUUGGCCACGCAACUCGUGUUGCGGAGGUGGUGAGGCAUCUAAUCCUUGCUGGUCAUGAUGUUCAUGUGGUCAUUGCUGUUCCUGAAUUUGUUUUCACCAACGAAGUGCAUUCUCCUUGCUUAUUUUUUCGCAAGGGACAUUUAAUGAUUCUUCAGGGACUCAUCAAUUUAAUGCAGUUCGGUUGUGCACCUCCAUUCUUGUAA